UCUCUCUCUCUCUUCCUCUCUUAGUUGCAAAAAAAUACUCUGCAGCUGGGCUGCACCUCAAUGAACCUAAUUGGUGCACUGUGAGCGACCAUCAUCUAUCCACUGGAUUUCCGUCGCGGCCGGCUUCCAUCCAGAACAUAUGAAUUUGCUUAGACAGACCCUUUUGAGGAGUUGAACAGAUAGGUCGGAGAAAAUGGCACAAUGCGUGGUUUUGUUUCUACUGUGGCUCUUUGACAGAUCAUUCGCAGGCUUUCCCAAUCAGAUCAAUAUCGGGGGGCUGUUCAUGCGUUCCACGGUGCAGGAGCACAGCGCGUUCAGGUUCGCUGUCCAACUCUACAACACCAACCAAAACACCACUGAAAAGCCUUUCCACCUCAACUACAAUGUCGACAACCUCGAGUCGUCCAACAGCUUUUCAGUCACCCAUGCGUUUUGCUCCCAGUUCUCCCGCGGAGUGUACGCCAUCUUCGGAUUCUACGACAAGAAGUCCAUGAACACCUUGACCUCGUUCUGCGGCGCCCUGCACACCUCCUUUGUCACACCCAGUUACCCCACCGAUAAUGAGGUGCAGUUUGUCAUUCAGAUGCGCCCCGCCCUCCGGGGUGCUGUCCUCAGCCUGCUCUCUCACUACAAGUGGCAGAAGUUUGUCUACCUCUACGACACUGACCGAGGUUUCUCUAUACUGCAGGCCAUCAUGGAGGCAGCAGUAGCUAACAACUGGCAGGUGACCGCCCGCUCUGUUAGCGGCACAACCGAUGCAGCAGAGUUUAAGCGCAUCAUUGAGGAGAUGGACAGGAGGCAGGAGAAGCGCUUUGUGAUUGACUGUGAGGUGGACAGGAUCAACACCAUAUUAGAACAGGUUGUGACCCUGGGGAAGAACAGCCGUGGUUACCACUACAUUCUGGCCAAUCUUGGAUUUACUAACGUGAGCUUGGACAAAGUCUUCGCCGGUGGAGCCAACAUUUCAGGGUUUCAGAUAGUCAACCCUGAGAACCCGAUUGUGCAGCAGUUUAUGCAGCGCUGGGAGCGGCUAGAUGAAAGAGAAUUCCCAGAAGCCCGAAACACUCCUCUGAAGUACACUUCAGCUCUGACCCAUGAUGCCAUUCUGGUGAUAGCAGAGGCCUUCAGGUACCUGCGGCGCCAACGUGUGGACGUCUCUCGCCGGGGCAGCGCUGGAGACUGCCUAGCCAAUCCCGCUGUACCUUGGAGCCAAGGCAUCGACAUCGAGAGAGCUCUUAAAACGGUCCAAGUGAAUGGUAUGACUGGGAACAUCCAGUUUGACAACUACGGCCGCAGAACCAACUACACCAUAGAUGUUUAUGAGAUGAAAACAGGUGGGCCGAGUAAGAUUGGGUACUGGAACGAGUACGCACGAUUUGUAAAUAUUAUGGACCCGCAGGUCUCCAACGACUCCUCAGUGGAAAACCGAACGAUUGUGGUCACUACUAUUAUGGAAGCUCCUUAUGUGAUGUACAAGAAAAAUUAUAUGCAUCUGGAUGGGAAUGACAGAUAUGAAGGCUACUGCGUCGAUUUAGCAUCUGAGAUUGCCAAACAUGUUGGAAUUAAGUACAAACUGUCUAUAGUAAUGGAUGGGAAGUACGGAGCCCGAGACCCCGAGACCAAGACGUGGAACGGGAUGGUGGGUGAACUGGUCUAUGGGAGAGCAGAUAUAGCUGUUGCACCUCUUACCAUUACUCUGGUUCGAGAGGAGGUGAUAGACUUUUCCAAGCCCUUUAUGAGCUUGGGCAUCUCCAUUAUGAUAAAGAAGCCGCAAAAGUCCAAGCCUGGCGUUUUCUCCUUCCUGGACCCGCUGGCCUAUGAGAUCUGGAUGUGUAUAGUGUUUGCCUAUAUUGGGGUGAGCGUGGUCCUGUUCCUGGUCAGUCGGUUCAGUCCUUAUGAGUGGAACCUGGAUGAACAGGACGAGACCAAAGACCCCCAGACGCCCCCCGAUCCUCCCAACGACUUUGGCAUCUUCAAUUCCCUCUGGUUCUCACUGGGCGCCUUCAUGCAGCAGGGCUGUGACAUCUCCCCCAGGUCUCUGUCGGGCCGCAUCGUCGGUGGUGUGUGGUGGUUCUUCACCCUCAUCAUCAUCUCCUCCUACACAGCCAACCUGGCUGCCUUCUUGACAGUGGAGAGGAUGGUCUCUCCUAUAGAAAGUGCCGAAGAUUUAGCCAAGCAGACAGAGAUAGCAUAUGGCACUCUGGACUCAGGCUCCACAAAGGAGUUUUUUAGGCGAUCCAAAAUAGCAGUAUAUGAGAAGAUGUGGUCAUACAUGAAAUCCGCUGAACCCUCAGUGUUUGUUAAGACCACACCCGAUGGCGUAGCCCGGGUACGAAAGUCAAAGGGCAAGUUCGCCUUUCUCCUCGAGUCCACCAUGAACGAGUACAUCGAGCAGCGGAAGCCCUGCGACACCAUGAAAGUGGGCGGGAACCUCGACUCGAAAGGAUACGGUGUGGCGACGCCCAAAGGCUCAGCAUUAAGAAAUGCUGUUAACCUGGCAGUUUUAAAACUGAAUGAGCAAGGCCUCUUGGACAAAUUGAAAAACAAAUGGUGGUACGACAAGGGAGAGUGCGGCAGCGGGGGAGGUGACUCCAAGAACUCCUGUAAACCUUGCAGUAUUGAAACUCAGUGAACAAGGCAUCUUAGACAAGCUGAAAAACAAAUGGUGGUACGAUAAGGGUGAAUGUGGAACCAAGGACUCUGGAAGUAAGGUCAGUCGCUGCAGGUCUUUUGUACUGAUUCCAAAUUGCAUUUUGACGUACUGUUCAUAUGCAAGACAAGACUUCUCUGACAUCUAUAGUAUACAUUUUGUUUAUUUGCUACACAUACUUUUUCUUUUUUUUAGUAUUUGAGUUUUUCUGCCACAAACUGUAACACAGUUUUAACACAGUGGCUUUAACACAAGGCACACUUCCCCAAAUUCAUUUUUUUCUGUCAUUGCCAUAGAAAUGAGCCAUUUUUUGCAAUAUAAAAUGAACUCUUUUUUGUGAAAACUGUAAUGAUAAUAAUGUGGGGAAAGUGCCUUUCAGAUACACUAUUUCAAUUGAAUCACAGCAGUUAAUAGUUGUUGAUAAAAUGCUAUUUUUGCUCAUUUUCACUCUUGACAUUCAUGAUACUUUGACCAUUAUGCUGCUGUUCCUAUUUACCAAACUGUUAAUGAAAAUUUGAUUUAUUUGUGUUGUUACUAGUUUGCAUCGAGAUGUGUCUAUUAGAUUCUUUGGCUUCCUGUGGUGUGAUGAACAAGCAUAGCCUCUUAUUGUGAUGAGUUCAAAUUCAACUUUUCUAAGCAGCGAGAGCACCGUAAGGUGUCCUCGAAUUCUUGUGGCUGCUCGGAGUUGAGGUUAGAGGCUCUGUUUGCACAUUACAAGAAGUUGGAGAAUGUAAUAAACCCACUAUUUAACCCUCUGAGAUAAAGUCAGAAUCUCAGAUUAUAGGUUAGGGUUGCUAGAUAGCUUUAAGAUAUCUCCACGCUCAUAGGGUUAAACUGCAAAUAGUAAAACUCUAAUGAACAAAUUUUUAAUGAAUAUUUUUGGUAGGUAAGCAGCAGCAAAAUGGUUUGAUCUUUAGUGGGGCUUUUUUUAACUUUAAUGGAGCUAUCAUUCAUCUAUUAUGAAAUUGACUGUACUGUAUGACAAUGUUGCCAUGAGAGUUAUACGUACAUGUCGCCAAGAGGAUUAAAAAAAAAGGAUAGGGAUUUUCAGAGCUGUCGACCUAUGC